AUGACGGAAAACAUGGCAUCACCACCCGCGGAGAGCGGACUCGCCGAUGCCGACGAGAAUAUCAUGAGCGCCUCCACCGCCAGCGAAUUGACACGAAUCUUCAACAGCGCCGGCAUCAUUCCCGGACCUGUAGGCGGUUAUAUGUCGUUCAACCCACACGGACACGACGACGAUGACGAUGAAGAAGAAGUUGAAGAUUAUGUUGCGGUCGAUCACGACGAUGCACCUGACUACUCAUAUCUGUUCCGACGACCAUCGCAAGGAAGGCAGCGCACAGCCUUGGACGAGCUUUAUCCUUUUACGAGCGUGUUGACGGUGAAUAAUGUCGAGGAUUGCGUGAAGGUAGAAGAAGUUUUUCCAGAACAUGAGCGGGCUUCAGAGGAUAAGUUCGUGUAUCGUCUCACAAAAUGUCCGGAGUUGAGUUUGGGAAUAUUCUCAUUACCGAUCCUCGACCAGGGCGAAACUAAGCCUCGACCGGAGUUGAUUGCACACGUUAUUGCGACCCGCACAUCAUCGCAACGAGUCACGGAGGAAUCGAUGAAGAUCCCCGAGGAUUGGCAGACCAACAAGCGCAGUCUUCCAGACGCCGGCGAAAAGAACUACAUUGGACAUGAAGAUCAGGGCAGCACGGUGGCAUUGCAUUCGCUUGCCGUCAAGGCAGAGCACCAGAAGAAGCGGGUUGGUUCAACAUUGAUGAAGUCGUAUAUUCAGCGCAUCAAGGAAGCACAAAUUGCGGAGCGCAUUGCGCUUCUCGCGCAUGACCAUAUGGUGCCGUUUUAUGAGGCGCUUGGAUUCGAGAAUCGUGGGCCAAGUGCUUGUACAUUUGGUGGUGGUGGCUGGUUCGAUAUGGUCCUUGAAUUCCCCAAGGAUCAAUUAGAUGACGAAUGA